AUGAAGUUCACUACCACCCUCUUCGCCAUUGCCUCUAUCAUCAGCGUUGCCUCUGCGGUACCAGCCAUGACCGAAGAGCAGAUCUCCAAGGUCCCCCGUGACGAGCUUCUCCCUCGCCAGGCCUGCCGAGGAACCAACUGCACCGGCUGCUCGAACGGCCGCAAUUGUUUCCCAACGGGAGUUCAAGUUGAACUUGUGACUUCUUUGCUCAUCAAAAGGCUUUGUGGGCACACUGGUGAGGGAGAACAGUAUUUAGUCGUGGUCAACAAGGGUCCUGUUGCUAUUUUACGAAGAUGGAAACUCGUCUCUGUCAAAAUCAACAUAAUUAGCCAUACAUCCUAUUUCAAUAAACUUGAUGACCAUCCGCUGUGA